AUGAAGCCCGGGAUUUUUGAGCUUGCAAAGUGCCGGGCAUCCGAUCUACGUGAGGCCCUCCCACGGUUCAACCGCCAGGAUACGAAAAAAUCGAUGGAGAAGGAGAUCCUGGGUAAGGUUGGUGCCUGUGCUCGGCUCCAGCUCCAGCUGCAGGGCCUGGAUGAAGCCGAGAUGGUGUUGGCUUCGCUUAAGACAGUGAAGGAUGCCCUGGAAUCGAAGUACAAGGAUCUGAAGAUGCUGGAUGAUACAGUCGAUGAAGCCGAAUGGCAGGAAAAAGUCAAGGACGUGGCAAAGGCUUAUCUGCUGUUUGUCUCCAAGGAGGACUUCGCAGUGGGUGUGGCGAGGGUGCACGCCCUUAAGGACAAGCGCCUUCGUCCGGAAGCCAAGGCGAAGAAUCAGCCGAGGAAGCGAGAUUCGCCGAAGCUUCGGCAAUUGAAACAACGACUGGCUGCCAAACUGGACACUUGGUGGCCGCAAGACAGAGAAACGCUUUCACCAAUUCUUCUCGAGAUCUAUUCCGAAGGUGUCAACCGUCAUGCUACCUUUGGUGACUUCAAAAAGGAAGAAGACAGUGGAAGUGAAGCCAUGCAGCAUCGUGCUUCCAAGCUCUUAUAUGUCAUGGUUGCAGAAGCGGCCCUGGAUCUUGAAAGCCAUCUGCUUUGGCUGAGCUCUACUCUGCAAGGUGCUGGCAUUGGCUACACAGGAGGGCCUUCUGAUCUGCCAGCGCGAUUCCAUGGAGAUGAGGGCCCUGGGCAGAAGUACAAGAAUGUGUUGGUUAUCAAUAUGUCGUUUCCAUUCUCCCAUUCUGGUGACACACUGAAGACACGUCUUUGCAUCGCAUGCUUAACAGGACAAACUGUCCUCACGAGGGCGAUGCAAAAGAAUCGGAUCGGUGUCCACCAUGAGUGUACUUUGGAUGUGCUGUUUAGACACAUCAAUGCAGACUUGGAGAAAUUGACAUUUGAUUCUGGUGGAGUUUGCGGCCGAAGGCUUUGCUUCUUUGGUCUGGCGGGCGAUCAAAAAUGGUUUCAGCAAAUGCUGCAAUUGCCAGCUCCCUACAUCAGCUUGCUUGAGUUUCUUCCAUUGACAACCCAAUGUCAGCUUGCUAAGUCCGCGACAUUGGAAGGGCAACGGCGAGGCCAAUGGCAACAGGAGCCCAUACUAGUUGUGCGCAUGUUUUCGAAAACUUGA